AACGAUCCUCGGUGAGGCCUGUAUUUUACAUAUGUCAUAGUGUUUAAUAUGAAGCCUUUCAGUUUGUUGUUAAAUUUUCAGUGAUUGAGAGCCCGAUUUUUGUAGAAUGUCAGCAUUUGGUAACUUCAGGAGUUCGGAGGUGGAUCCCACGGAGUCCAAACGUUCCAGCUUUUUGGACUCCGAUGCCGUAGACCAGCUGCGAAAUCAGUGGUGCGUUUAUUUAUUAAGCCUUCCCAAGACUCCCUUUGAAUUGCAUCUGGCCAAAGCUCGAGCGUCUCGAGCACUUGAGCUGGUCAGGAGCAAACAAAAGACAGCCUUGGAACAGGUGCCGAAAAGUCUUCGUCGUCCCCUCACGGCUCUACACAAUUCGCCGCGUACCAUAAGUCGAAUGAGGGAAGUCGAGAAAAGAAUGCAGACAUCCAAAAUUAAAGAUCCAAAGUCGCAAUACAAUCUAUGUGCCAAAUGUGGUCUCGUCAAAGACUCCAUUUUCAAUAAUAAGCAUGCGGAACAGCGACUAAAGAAGCUUUUGGCACAACACCCCAGUCUUGUUCCAAAGGGAGUGCAUAGGAAAAAGAGACAAUUGCAAAUGUAA